AAAAACGGUAUAAUAAUAAUUUUUCCCGUGGAAUUGCCUCCUUCAUCUACAACAGCGCACAAAUCGCCUCUUUCCGGAAUCGUUUCUUCCUUCCCAGAAUCGUUCGCUUGCGAUUCUCAGAUAGAAACGGAUCUCAUUGUUGUUGUCUGAAUUCAGAUUUCUGAAGGUGUUGUGUAUAGUUACCCGAUUGCGUUCUUCGCUCUGAUUACCUCUGAAGAAGAACAAGAGUGAAAAAUGGCAGAUUAUCACUUUGUGUACAAGGAUUUAGAAGGAGCCUCCACUCAGUGGGAUGACAUUCAGAGAAAGCUUGGCAAUCUGCCACCAAAGCAACCUGUUUUCAAGCCCCCAUCUUUCACGCCUGCCCCCGAUUCUGACACCCUCCCCAAAGACAAAGAUUGGCUUGAUUCCAAAACCCAAGAUGAACUUGAAGACCUCGAAGAUGAUCUCGAUGAUGAUCGUUUCCUUGAAGAAUACAGGAAGAAGAGGCUAGCUGAGAUACAGGAGGCAGCUAAAGUUUUGAGGUUUGGAUCUGUGACCCCCAUUUCAGGAUCUGACUUUAUUCGAGAAGUUUCCCAGGCUCCAUCUGAUGUAUGGGUGGUUGUUGUCCUUUACAAAGAAGGGAUUCCUGAAUGUGAUCUUAUGAUGCAAAGCGUUGAAGAACUGUCUGCAAGAUAUCCUGUGACAAAAUUUGUCAAGAUAAUAUCCACUGAUUGCAUUCCUAACUACCCAGAUCGUAAUCUUCCCACUUUAUUGGUGUACAACAAUGGAGCAGUCAAAGGAAAUUAUGUUGGUUUGCAUAGUUUUGGGCGGCGAUGCACUCCUGAAGGUGUUGCAUUAGUACUUUGCCAAUCAGAUCCUGUACUUAAUGAUGGUCAGAGUGGAAAUGAGCAAUCAAGAGAAGCUGUCAUUGAAGAAGUUCGCAAGAGGUUUAUAGAGAAAGUUGUUCUUGAUCAUGAAGAGCGGGAUGAUGAUUCCUCAAGCGAUUAACAUUGUUGCUUGUCUUUGUUGUUUUUUUUGGGUACAUUGUAUUUAAGUAAAAUGUUUCCUUUCGAUGAAGUAAAGUUAUACAUAUGUGGGAUUUUGUUCAUUCCACGACUUUGCUUCUCUUCCCUUUUAUCCCCCCUUCCUAGUUUCUUGUAGUUGCUCUUAUGUAGUGGGAUAAGAUUCGGUUGUUGUUGUGAUCUCUUUUAAGUAAAAAUGUACAAGUCUGAUGUAUGAGUGCUCAUAGAAACAGAAUAUAUUAAUUCAAGUUUGCAUUCGCAUUGUGCC